UUGGGCGCAACUUAUGGAUGUCAUCCACAUCAAGUCAAAAGGUAAGGUUUUUUUGAAAUAACAAUUUUUGAAAUGUUAAUUUUUUAGUUGGGCUGAUAAAGAGGUAUUCUGGGACACUUUGGAGAUUCUAUUACCUCAUAAAAGAUCGAAAUGUAUUGCUGUUGGAGAAUGUGGAAUCGAUCUUAACAAGUAAGUUUUACUCAUGAUAUUUUAUCAAAAAGGGAUAUAAAAUUUUGAUAAUUUUGCAGAUGUGAUUCACCACUGGAUCAACAAAGAUAUGCAUUUCGUCGACAAAUUCAACUAGCCUUCAAGUACGAUAAGGCUUUGGUGAUUCAUUGUAGAUCGGGUCCAAAUAGAGAUGCCGAAUCGGAAUGUCUUCAAAUUUUGGAAGAGGAAUUGAAUCGACCGGGACAACACUGA